UCUUGUAUCCUCCGAAAACAGAAAGUGGCUCCAGACCCGACAAGCCACUGCCGAUAGGCCCUACAGUAGGUUCCAACUCCAUUCAACCAAAGCGGCCGCACCUCCCAUCGUUUCCCCCCAAAUUGCCCGUCGCCGCCUCGUCUCCUCCAAAUCUCCGCCCGCCAUUCUCCCACCACCUCCCCCUGAUCCCGCCUCCUCCUCCCCGGAGACCCCUCGCGCGGACCGGAGACCCGACCGCGGAGCAGAACGAGCCGCGCGUCGUAACAUUUGGCGGGUGAACCACCGGCCUCCGCAGGUCUCCACCGGAUCCCGAGCCCGAGAUCCCCUCUUCCGAUCCAGAAACCCCCCUCCUUCGUCCCCGUCUCCGCUCGAAUCUCGCCCUUCUCCGCGGCUCCAUGCCAAGCUCGUGAGCGGGACCAGCGGCUUCGGAUUUGAUCGAUCCACGCACGGCAUGGCUGGAUUCGGCGGCAACUGCAGGCUGGGGGCCGUGCUCUUCUUCUCCGCCUGGAUCACGCUCGCGGCCCUCAACAGGCUGGUGCGCCCGGCGCCCAACGGGUGCCAGAUGACCUACAUGUACCCGACCUACAUCCCCAUCCACGCUCCCAACAACGUCUCUUCCGACAGGUACGGCCUGUUCCUGUACCACGAGGGGUGGAAGGAGAUCGACUUCAAUGAGCGCGUCCGCAAUCUCGACGGCGUGCCCGUGCUUUUCAUCCCCGGCAACGGCGGGAGCUACAAGCAGGUUCGCUCAUUUGCUGCAGAAUCUUCUCGAGCAUAUCAGAACGGUCCACUUGAGCCCUCCUUUUAUCGGGAACCAUCUAGUGCAUUUGAACUGGAAGAUUCUUCCCUUCCAUCACAAUAUGGCCGUAUUCUGGAUUGGUUUACUGUUGAUCUUGAAGGAGAACACUCUGCAAUGGAUGGUCGCAUACUUGAGGAGCAUACUGAAUAUGUUGUCUAUGCCAUCCAUAGGAUCCUUGAUCAAUACAAAGAAUCUCUUUUAGCACGAUCGAAGGAUGGUGUUCGUUCUACUGGUAACUUGCCAUCUAGUGUUAUGCUAGUUGGACAUUCAAUGGGUGGUUUUGUGGCUCGAGCAGCUCUUGUCCACCCGGGCUUAAGGAAAUCAGCUGUUGAAACUAUACUGACGCUCUCCAGCCCACACCAGUAUCCUCCUGUUGCUCUGCAGCCGUCCUUGGGUCAUUUUUUCUCCCAUGUCAACGAAGAAUGGAGAAACGGAUACAAGAAAGGAGUAUCACAUACAAGCAGUCCAAAACUCUCAAAUGUAGUAGUUGUCUCUAUAUCAGGCGGCAUCCAUGAUUAUCAGAUUAGGUCAAGGUUGGCCGCAUUGGAUGGCAUUGUACCUUCUACUCAUGGGUUUAUGGUAGGGAGCUCCAGUGUGAAGAAUGUUUGGCUAUCCAUGGAACAUCAAUCCAUCCUCUGGUGCAAUCAAUUAGCUGUACAGGUCGCGCACACUCUUCUUAGCAUGAUAGAUCCUGUGGGUCGGCAGCCAUUUUUGAGUUCACAAAAAAGAGUCUUUGUGUUUGCGGAAAUGCUCCAGAGUGUAGUUCCCCAUUCUUUGAGUUGGAUGAAUCAUGUUUCAGGUUCUCAAUCUUCAAAUUUUCUUGCGAGUGAUACCAGGGAAGCCGGUGAAUUGCAGCGAAAUGAUACACUUUUUUGCCCACCAUCUGUUCUAUGGACAAGUGAUGGCCUUGAAAAGGACCUGCAUAUCCAGUCAAAUUUGGUUACUGUUUUAGCGAUGGAUGGCAGGAGAAGAUGGUUAGAUAUUAAAAAGCUGGGUUCAAAUGGAAGAGGACACUUUGUUUUUGUCACAAAUCUUGCUCCAUGUUCUGGAGUCAGGAUUCACUUGUGGCCAGAAAAGCAUCGUUCGUCCAUUGAAAAUGAAGUACCUGCUAGCAAAAGGAUAGUUGAAGUUACCUCAAAGAUGGUCCAUAUCCCAGCAGGACCUGCACCAAAACAGGUAGAACCCGGGAGCCAAACUGAGCAACCGCCUCCUUCUGCCUUUCUUUUGCUGAGUCCAGAAGAUAUGAAUGGCUACAAUUUCAUGACUAUAUCGGUGGCUUCGCGGCAGACGAUUUCAGGCAGACCUCCCCCAGCGGCUUCGAUGGCAGUGGGGCAGUUCUUUAAUCCAGUGGAAGGAACAAGUGCACUUUCUGUUGGCAGGAUUGUCCACUCUAGCUAUUCACCUGAAGAAAUAUUUUUGAAGGAGGAUCACCCAAUGGCUUUAACCCUGUCGUUUUCGGUCAGCCUUGGUCUUCUACCAGUUUUGCUAUCACUGAAAACUACUGGAUGUGGAAUAAAAAAUAUUGGUGACCAAAUCGAAGCUGAUAAAAACAACCUUUGUAAAUUACGGUGCUUCCCACCUGUUGCACUGGCUUGGGAUUCUGUAUCAGGCAUACACAUUAUUCCGAAUAUCUAUUCUGAAACUGUAGUGGUUGAUUCGUCACCUGCUACUUGGGAUUCACACCAAGGGGCAGAGAAAACUACUGUGCUAGUCCUGGCUGACCCGCAUUGCUCAUACAAAGUCAGUCUUCGCGCUUCGCUUGGUGCUGCAACUAGCAGAUUCUUUUUGUUGUACUCAUCCGAGAUUCUUGGUUUCAUGAUUGCCAUAAUACUGUUUGGCCUGAUGCGACAAUCACUAGCAUGGGAACGUGACUCUUCUGUGCCAUCUAUUUUGUCAGCUAUUGAGACUAAUCUGAAGCCAAAGCCGUUGAUGUUCCUUUGUUUCACGCCAAUACUUCUUUUCCUUGCCUUCUUAUUUUUCACUACACAGCAAAACCCUCGAUUUGGAACCUUCUUGUUUGUUACUGUGGUCUGCUAUAUAGUUGCCAAUGGUUUCACCAUUUUGGUAACACUAAGUUCGAAAUUGAUUCUGUAUGUGGCUGCCAUUCUACAUGUCUUCGCCAAAAGACGCUGGCAAUCUUGGGAGGACGGUGCUCAUUCUCCACUUGUUCGCCAGUUCCUCGCUUUCUCGUUCUCAUUUCAGUCUCUCAAGAUUGUGCAGAUGAUCAAGAACAAUACAAAUAUAGCUGUAGCAUUUGCUACAAUUACUCUUGUCUGCUUCGUUCAUCCAGCAAUUGGUCUUGGUCUUUUACUUCUUUCACAUUCCUUCCAUGCCCAUUCAGCCCUCUGCAGUUUCUUAGGAGCUUCGUUUCGUAACAUCGCUCAGAAAAAGGACCUGUAUAAAUCCAAGAUGGAUAAUAAUCCUAUUCUACAAUCCAAAAAUAAACCAGAUGGACUCGAGCAACUUCUGCCAAUGGAUGACAGCCCAGCAGCUGCUAAAAGCUUUACUGACAGCCAGCUAGAAGUGUUUGACUGUCGGCAUGGGAUUAUGAUCCUGCAUCUUCUAGCUACACUCAUGUUUGUGCCUUCACUUAUUGCUUGGAUACAGAGAAUCGGAGUGGGUCAGAGAUUUCCGUGGUUUGUUGAUUCUGCCCUUUGUGUUGGUGUUAUUCUGCAUGGACUUUUGGGAUCGCAGCCAACUGCCAGCUUUAUAUCUUUUAAGUUACCCGGAAGGAGAGGGCGCGAAGUUGGAAUGAGCUUUCUCUACCUCAUAGGUGGCUUUUAUUCCUUUAUUAGCUCGAUGGCAUUGGCACCUUACAGAGCGCUGUAUGCGAUGGCCAUCAUUGGUUUCAUCUGUUUUGCUUCCAGAAUUCUUGAGACUAGAGGUAAGGUGAGAGGUGAUACUAGCUCUAGAAAAAGGCACUGGCAUAGACAUUGACACUAGCUUGGAAAGGAUUAAUUUUGCGAGAACGGGCGACACAGUAGUGUAGGAUACCAGCUCUUAGUCUUUGUGGAUGAUGACUGCAAACUGCAAAGAACUUGGCUUUGCUUAUGAUUGCAAACUGCAAAGUGUUACCGAAUUUUGGUGUAGCCAGAUCUUGAUGGUCGACCCAUAGGUGAGGUAUAUGAAUGUGAGAUGACUGGAUGGAUCAGUAACUGUACAAUCUGGAAUUCAAGCAUGAUGUACUGAUUUUGUGAUAGAAGUGAACAAAUGUGAUCUUAUUAGGCUCUGUUUAGUAUCGCAGUAGCUUUUUCUUAGUAUACCAGCUUGUUUUGUUUAAAUAAUCUUCUAUGUGGGUGUAACAGAAAAGUCUUGCUGAAAUUAGUAGAUAUUCAGUUAACACA